GCGAAAAGGCUGUUUAGUUUCUAGGUUUGUCACAGAAAGAAAGCAGAGACAGUGUCACAGAAAUGGCCUCAGCCUGCAGUCUCCUGUCUGAAGAGCAGUUCCUGUGCUCAGUCUGUCUGGAUGUUUUCACUGAGCCUGUCUCUACUCCAUGUGGACACAACUUCUGUAAAGCCUGUAUCACCAAAUGUUGGGACAACAAUGACAAGUGUGAAUGUCCAAUGUGUAAAAAGACAUUUGUGAACAGGCCAGAUCUCUUUGUCAAUACUUUGGUCUCUGAAAUGGCGGCUCAGUUCAGGAAGUCUGUUGAUGUUAAAGCUGCAAGUUCCAACAUCCAGCAGCAGAAACCUGUCAAACCAGUGGAGGUGCCCUGUGACUUCUGUCCUGGCACUAAACUUAAGGCCUUGAAGUCCUGCCUGGUGUGUUUGACCUCUUAUUGUGAGACUCACCUGGAGCCUCAUCAGAGAGUCGCAGCCCUGAAGAGACACAAGCUGAUCGAUCCUGUGGAGAACCUGGAGGACAGGAUGUGUAAGAAACAUGACAAGAUGUUAGACCUUUUCUGCAGGACCGACCAACUGUGUGUUUGUGUCAUGUGUACAGAGCACAAGACUCAUGAUACAGUUCCUUUAGAGGAAGAGUAUGAAGAGAUGAAGGCUCAGCUGGAGAAGAAAAAGUCAGAAGUACAGAAGAUGAUACAAGAACGACAGGAGAAGGUUGAGGAGAUGAAAGCAUCAGUGCAGCUCAACAAGAAGGACACAGAUGAAGAGCUAGCUAAAACUGCUGAGGUCUUCACUGCUCUGGUGGCCUCCAUCCAGAGACAGCAGGCUGAGCUGAUGGAGGUGAUUGAAGAGAGGCAGAGAGCAGCACAGAAACAGGCUGAGGGCUUCAUCAAAGAGCUGGAGGAGGAAAUCACUGAGCUCCAGAGGACAAGCUCUGAGCUGGAGCGUCUCUCCCUCACUGAAGACCAGCUCCAGCUCCUCCAGAGCUUCCCAUCUGUCUCCUCUUCUCCACGCACCAAGAACUGGUCUGGCAUCAGUGUCUGCACACAUCACUGUGUGGAGACGGUGAGGACAGCUGUGCUUCAGCUGGAGGAGACAACCACUAAAGAGAUGAAGACUCUGCUUCAACACAUAGAGAAGACUAAAGAAGAUCUGCAGAAGCUGCCAGAAGACUUUAGGCUGAGGAGGAUCCAGCAGCUGUAUGCAGUGGAUGUGACCCUCGACCCAAACACAGCACACCCUAAACUUAUCCUGUCUGAGGACGGGAAACAAGUGAGAUGUGGAGACACACGCCAGGAUCUUCCCGACAACCCAGAGAGGUUUGAUAAAGAAAUCAAUGUCCUGGGAAAAGAAGGUUUCUCUUCAGGGAGAUUCUACUUUGAGGUUCAGAUGAAAGGAGAUGAGUGGGAUGUUGGAGUGGUCAGAAAGUCAAUCAGCAGGAAGGGAAAUAUCUCAUACAGCCCCAUGAAUGGAUACUGGAUCAUAUGUCAGAGACGUGGAAAUAAGUGCUGGGUUUUAGAUAAAACCAGUGUUUCUCUCUCUCUGAGCCAGAAGCCUGAGAAGGUCGGGGUGUUUGUAGAUUAUGAGGAGGGACUGGUGUCUUUCUAUGAUGUGGAGGCCGAGACUCUGAUCUACUCUUUCUCUGGCUGCUCCUUCACUGAGCAGAUCUAUCCUCUCUUCAGCCCCAGCUUGGAUGAAGCUGCACCUCUGAUCAUCACUCCUGUCAAACACACUCAGUGAGGUCAGCUGGAAUCAGAAAUAUUUUCUUUGUAUAUUUUCACAUGAAUAUUUGGGAAGUGGUUGAGUAAAUCUGGAGAGAUGGAUGGAGGAAUGUAUAGAGCAAUUAAUAAUAAGAGUAAAGGAAAAGCUGGAGAGGGUUGGAUUUAAAAUAGGAAAAUUUGGCAAGGACUGAAAGUGACAGAGAGAGUGGGGAUAAGAAGAGAGCAGAGGGGAGACACCAGGGAGUGGAGGGAGAGUCUAAAAGACAUGUCAGAAACGUCCCCACCCACAGACAGUUGUUGGAAGUCUGUCUGUCCUCUGCAGCUUGUUGAAGGA